AUGUUCCGCGAUGAGAGCACCAAAGUCAUCAAGAAAGCUCACGCCCAAUGGGGUGUGUCUGACGGACCUGAUAACGAGCAGAUACAGGCUUCUGCGUCGAAUGCCCCUUCGCCGCCUGCUUCUUCUCCAGUUUACAGCCAAAGGAGUACGCCAAACAGCACGAGGACCGCAUCACGAUCGAAUGUUGCAGCCGCGCUUUUGCCAUUGCCAAUACCAAAUACCGCACCCUUCGCCCCGCCACCUUUAUCAAGCAGCCGUUCUUCAGGUUCUACGUCUCCGCCAGUGCUACCAGUCAUCAAACAAGAAAUCCGCGAGUCGACCCCGCCAACUCUGCACAUCGGCCCCACCCUCGAGGAGCAAGGCAUACAGUUUUACGUCAACCGCUAUUUGAUCGGACACCCGGAUGAACCAAAGUCGGGACAGGACCUGGCUACACAAGGUUGGGUAUGGCACCCAGCAGUGCAGGACGUUAUGUGCGCUGUAGGGCUUGCCGGGCUGUACAACUUGACUGGCAAUGUGGAAAUGAUGGCUACUGCGCGAGAGAAAUACGGCUCGGCUCUUCGACAAACCGGAAAGCUCAUCCGACCUCCGCAUACUCCCAGCAUAGAUGUAACAAUGAGAUCCGUUGUCGCACUUGCCAUGUUCGAGGUCGGUUACUGCCUUCCCGUGACCUCUCAACUACUCAUGGUCACCGUUGCUGUUACGCCUGACAACUAA